UCACACCGAAAGCGCCGCUGUGACAGGCUGUCUGUGCGCUCCAACUGAUGCGUCACGCGGAUAGGUGCGGUUUGCGCAGCGCAACUCUCCAGACUGUCCGUGUUUGCAGAAGCGACGCGCCGAGAAGCUUAAAAACCUUUCUGGAAGCAGGCAGAUUUAGACGGUUCAACUUUUUUUUUUUUUUUUUUUUUUUUUUUUUUUUUUGUCGUGUGCAGCUCCAUAAUUUUAGGGGCUUCCCUCUCCCCCCCUCCUCCUCCUCUACUGAUGGUCUUUGUAUCCCCGAAAGCUACAGAACCUCUAGAGACGGAUCACUUGACCACCACCACUGGGCGAUGUGGUGCGGCUGAAAAAGCGUUCGACCUAACACCGUCGGGCAGUAUCCAGGAGCCGGUUACACAAACCCAAAUAUGCGCGUAAUUGGAGCGCACUGGCGAGGCGUCCCUUGCUCUCCUGUCCGGGAAACGUCAUUGUCGUGAUGUUCAAUACCUCGGUAAUUGAGCCCACUUUUGCAAAGAAAGAGGAUAUUGCCGAAGUUAUCAAUGGCACUCUGCUUCUGGUCAGCAACGUGUCCGUCACCACGGUCGGCAGCAGCCCCACGGCCAAGUGGAACGAGUCGUGCGGGGAGCAGCUGCUGGAUUUCGGGCGCCCGGAGAAGAUCAUUAUCGGGGUCAUGCUGGCGAUGAUCACGGCGGUCACCGUGAUGGGGAACACGCUGGUGGUGAUCGCCGUGUGCGUGGUGAAGAAACUUCGGCAACCUUCGAACUACCUUCUGGUGUCCCUCGCAGUGGCGGACCUGUCAGUGGCCAUAGUGGUGAUGCCGUUCGUCAUCGUGACAGAUCUCACUGGCGGCAAGUGGCUGUUUGGGGACUUGUUCUGCAACAUCUUCAUCGGCAUGGAUGUGAUGUGCUGCACCGCCUCUAUCAUGACCCUGUGUGUGAUCAGCGUGGACAGAUAUCUCGGGAUCACACGGCCUCUCACCUACCCAGCACGGCAGAACGGCCAGCUGAUGGCUAAAAUGAUCCUGGGAGUGUGGCUGGUGUCGGCAUCCAUCACCCUGCCACCUUUCUGCGGCUGGGCCAAAAACGUCCACACGGCCGGUGUGUGCCUCAUUAGCCAAGACUUUGGCUACACCAUCUACUCCACAGCCGUAGCCUUCUACAUCCCUAUGCUGGUCAUGCUCUUCAUGUACUACAAGAUUUUCCGGGCGGCUCGCAAGAGCGGCGCCAAGCACCGCUUCACGGACCUGUCCCGGCGCGAGCGCCUGGAGACGGUGGCCAACGAGGCGCUCCGCAUGCAGGGCCUGAAGCCGCCCGGCGUGGCCGAGGAGUGCGCCGCCCUGUCCCGCCUGCUGAACCGCGAGCGCAAGAACAUCUCCAUCUUCAAGCGGGAGCAGAAAGCGGCCACCACGCUCGGGGUGAUCGUGGGCGUUUUUGCCGUGUGCUGGCUGCCGUUCUUCAUCCUGACCACCGCCAGGCCGUUCAUCUGCGGGGUGGAGUGCAGCUGCGUGCCCAUCUGGCUGGAGCGCACGCUGCUGUGGCUGGGCUACGCCAACUCGCUCAUGAACCCCUUCAUCUACGCCUUCUUCAACCGAGACCUGCGCUCCACCUACCGUGACCUUCUCCGCUGCCGCUAUCGCAACAUCAACCGGCGGCUGUCUGCCGUGGGGGUUCACGAGGCUCUGAAGGUGUAAAGCCUGGACGGUUAACCGGCAUACUUUGCGGCCCAGUUUUUUUUAUUUUUAUUUUUUAACUGCACCUGUUGCCUACAAAGGGCAGAGCGCACACAGCAGGCCUGUAGAUAAGACACAGACUGACAGAAAGAAAAAGUUACUGCUGGUCGCUCUUAAGCGCCUCCGCGAAGCCAUGGAGACAGCAGGAUUAUUUCAGUUUGCAGAUGACUCAGUCUUUCUAUUUUAGGAGAAAAAAAACAACAACAAAAAAAACAACAUAGUGGAUCCUUGAUGGGCCACUUAAACUGAAGCUGCUUUUGUGCAUAUGCCAACAAUUACAUCCUGGCUCCUGAUUUAUGGUGUGAUGUUGGAGCAAGAGAAAGAAAUGACAUGUAAACAAAAACAAUUACCCUAGGGCUUUCAGCUACAACAACAAAAAAAAAAUCAUCCAAACAGAUUUCUGUACAUAAACCGAAGUGAUGUUUUAUAGAGACGAGUGUUUUGUUUUUGUGGCACCGUGUCUUUUAGGCCUCCUCAGUUUCUCCGUUGGCACAUAAAUGAACACCUUCAGCAAAGAUUGCAGUCAAUAAUAUUCACGUCCCUUUGUUUCCCGUGGUAGCGUUUACAUGGGACCUCUCAUGCAGUUCCGUAAAAGUCGCAGGGAACCGAAAACAGUCGCUGAGAUCAAGGAGAAGAGAGAGGAGUGGUGUUAUAAAGCGCGCCGUCCUGUCUAGUGAUGGCAUUGCUCUUUAUUGUAAAAGAAGAAGAGGGUUCUGUUGAGUGUCUGCAUGAAACAUUUGUCUCACGUGUCACCGUGCACAUCAACCAAAACAUGGAUUUGAGGGGGAAAAAGAAAAAAAAAGCAAGCGUGAAGAAGUGUUUUCAUGGUUUUGGCCCAACACUGCGGCGCACGCUUGAACUGAACACGACCUCAUUCAUUGACCGUUUGUGUCCUGAACCUUAAUAUUGUGGGUUUUUCUUACUCUUGUCAUCCCGCCUGGAUCGGUCUCAUUCCACAGCAGCUCCUGACCUUUCCACUCGAACAAUCGGUCUGUUCCUGAGACUCUUUGUUUUCCACCGGUUGCCAACAAACGUUUCCACUCCCGCGUGGAAAUCAGGAUGCGGUCACUUCCCCCCCUGACUGCGCUCCCGUUUUAAACUCCGCUGUGACCUGUACAAAAUCCUUGUCCAAUGUCAUCAUCGAACAGUGUGUGCUUUCUCUACCUCAAUUCUUUGGAAAAUACUGUACAUUUGUUAUUGUUUUUUCAAACAUAGAUGUACUGCUGUAUUAUUUUUUUUGACUGCUAUUUUUUAUUAUGUAAAUUAUUCUGUGGAAAACCGCGUAUGAGUGCUCAGUGUGAUCGCUUUGUCGUUAGUUUUAGGAAACCUCCUAGAAAGCGGCAGUGUAUUUCAUCACUUUGUAAAUAAAGAGGCACUUCAAAUUUAACUGUGUCCUAACGGGUACCGUCACAUGUACAGCUCUGAGAAGACUUCCUUUUGCCCAUUUACACAUUUCCACUCUUUGUCCCACUUACUAGAUUCGGAUCACCGUAAGCUUUUUAAAAAAAAUUUUAAAGUUUAGACAAAGAUAAACUCAGUAAGUAUAGACUGCAAUUUUCAGUUCCUGAUUUCAUUUACUGAAAGAAGAAGCUCUCCAAACCAGUCUGGACCCAAAUCAAAAUCCUCUUGUAAAAUCUUGAUGAAACUGAUCAAACCUAAUUUCACCAGAGGGUUAAUGGCACCAGAUUAGGGAUUAGCCUGACAAAUCAAGGAAACACUUAAAGAAAACCUGUCUUACAACAUGGAAUGGGCCUAAGGACUUCAUGCCAUUAACCAAAGAAAGCUAAGAGGAGAUGAGUAAUUGGUGUAGAAUGAGUUACAAAGAGAUGCGUGUAAUCUUGAGAGUCAAACUACAGUGAGAGUCAUUAUCUAGAAGAGGAGAAAAACUUACUUACUUUACACCGAGCCAAGAGGCAAUUUAUUCCUGCGGUGUUUCAGUUGUUGCUCUGGAUUUGUUUUGGACCUUCUUGAUGUGUUUAGACUAAAUUUGGUGGGCUGGGAAGAUUUACCUCUCUCCUAUGUUUUCAUCAGUUGUGGACGAGGCUUUCGCUUUGGUUCAUUGGAGACCCAAUGACUUAGAAAUAGCUUGUUAGCUCUAUUCAGGCUAACUUGACUAAAGAGAUUUGACUACUCACAUCUAAUCCACAUUAUCACCAGAUUGGUUGCAGUAUA